AGCAGCAGCAGCAGCAGCAGCAGCGAGCAGCGAGGGUAACAGCAGGCGGACAGCGGUGCGAACAGCUGGAGCGGCAGGGGCGGUGCGGCGACUUCUCCCAGCUGGAGAGCGACAACAAGACCGGAAUUUUAUGAGAAGGUGGCCAGAGUGAUGAACUCAGACCAGGAAAGGCCGUUCAUGUGCAACGCUCCUGGCUGUUCUCAGCGAUUUCCCACGGAGGACCAUCUGAUGAUACAUCGACACAAACAUGAGAUGACCCUUAAGUUCCCCUCCAUAAAGAACGACAACAUGUUAUCAGACCAGACGCCCACACCAACACGCUUCUUGAAGAACUGUGAGGAGGUGGGAUUGUUCAGUGAACUGGACUGCUCCAUUGAGCAGGAGUUUUGCAAGGCCCAGGAAGAAGAGGACAAUAAACAGAAUAUCUCACUGCACGGCCAGGCAGGCCAAGGCCAGCACCAGCAUUCCCACUCACGGAUGGGCAACCAUGAUACCAGCAUAGUGAUCCAGCAGGCCUUGCCCUCUCCUCAGUCUAGCUCCGUCAUCACUCAGGCUCCAUCCACCAACAGACAGAUAGGGCCUGUCCCCGGCUCUCUGUCCUCAUUGCUGCACCUACGAAACAGACAGAGACAGCCUCUGCCAGCCUCCAUGCCUGGAACUCUGCCAGACCCAACCAUGCCUGGCUCCUCUGCUGUGCUGAUGCCUAUGGAGAGACAAAUGUCCAUGGGCUCCAAUAUGAUGGGUAUGCAAGGACCCACCCACAGCAGCUCUUGCUCUUCCACUCACAUUCCCUCCAUGCACUCAGAAGCCAAACUGAGGCUGAAGGCUGCACUUUCACACCACCCGGGUGCCAUCGCCAACGGCAACAUGAACUCCAUGGGCCACAUGAUGGAGAUGAUGUCAUCGCGGCAGGAGCAAGGCGGCCACCAUCACAUGCACUCACACCCGCACCAGCACCUGCAAGCCCCUCCCCACGCAUACCAGCACCACGGCCAUCACCACCACAGCCAGGGCCACAGCCAGGGUGGACACCACCACCCGCAGGGACACAACCCCCAUCACAACUCCCACAAUCCCCACCUCCAUCCCGGGCACCCACACCAGACCUCACCGCACCCUCCAAUGCACUCUUCUUCACAUAUGUCACCUGCAACCCAGCAGAUGCAGCCCACACAGACGAUGCAGUCUCCGCCCCCCAGCGGCGGCCGGCGCAGGCGAGUAGUGGACGAGGAUCCGGACGAACGUCGGCGGAAGUUCCUGGAGCGGAACAGAGCAGCAGCAACGAGAUGCAGACAGAAGAGAAAAGUGUGGGUGAUGUCAUUAGAAAAGAAAGCGGAAGAGCUCACUCAGACCAACAUGCAGCUUCAGAAUGAAGUGACCAUGCUAAAGAACGAGGUGACCCAACUCAAGCAGCUUCUCCUCACACACAAGGACUGUCCCAUCACCACUAUGCAGAAAGAGUCCCAAGGUUACCUCAGUCCAGAGAGCAGUCCGGCGGGCAGUCCAGCGCCAGCGUGCUCCCAGCAGCAGGUCAUUCAGCACAACACCAUCACCACCUCCACCACAACCGUAGGGGGCAGCAGUGUGCACGGGCAAACCAACCACCGCACAGACAUUAACCCCAUCCACUAG